GACUAUCUUAAAGCAGCGAUAAUUUUUGGACCCUCGGAGAGAAAUACAGCGUCUCCCCCUAACCGUUUCCUUUACGUGUGCGCACCACACUUGCACUCAGUUACCCACGUUAUUGCUUACAUCAAGCCCUUGCUAUCUUUUCAAUCUCUUGCCGCUUCAACCAAAGCCCCCUUGCCAAGAUGUCUGACUACCUCGAGUCCUUAGACUUUGACGUCCUUUCUGACCGUGACGAGUACACCAUUGACUUUAGCGACUUGGACAACUGGUAUCCGAUUGGCGAAGACGGACGGAACUUGGCCCCCAACACUGAUACACCACCAAUGCCUAUCGUUACUGUAGCGCCUGUGGAACCGUGAGACUUAUUUUUUUUUAAUGAUUGCUAACAAAAAGGGUGUGCGAUUUUCGGAAAGUGUGGUAUCCGGGCCCCACUUUACUUCCAUUGGUCCAAACUUUCAGCCAGCGCAAUCUACUAUCGCUAAGAUUUCUAUGCCAUUGGACACCGAAUCACGAUCAGAGUAUUCGCUUUCUCAGCACGGUUAUGAAACCGCAGCUCUGGAAAAUCAUCAAACCCUAGAAGAACCGACUACCGGGUUUGAUAACAGUACAAGCCCCGAAAGCCACCAGCACAGUCUAAAUGCACCUGAUCAUCAACAAAUUCAAGGACCUACUCCAUUUUCUUGCCUUGUUUGUCUUGCCUCAUUCCCAAGCAGAAGUCAGCUUGAAGUGCAUGCAAAACAGUCCGCACAUGACGCCUUCGCCUGUUCAUGCGGUCAAAGUUUCCAACGUCUAGAUGCCUUAGUUCGUCACCAACGUUCCUUCCGCCAAGAUAUACACCUGUUUCCUUGCACCUUUUGUAAACGUCAUCGGGGCAAACAGGGUUUCCGCCGGCGUGACCAUCUUGUUCAGCAUCUCAGUGGUUACCACAAAUUCAACUCAGACAAGAUUGUGGAGACACUUCCCAAGCAGAGACAUAGUUCUGAUUUCGUCCAUUGCAUAUACCCUGGGUGUGAGUUAAACCCAAGCGAAUGGCAUAGGCAUGACUAUUCCGAACAACCGAGAGUGUAUUAUUUCACGAGACGUUCCGACUAUACCAAGCACUUAAGGGAGGUUCACGAGAUUACGCCUUUUCCUUGUCCCAUAACCGAAUGCAAACGAGUGGGGAGCAAAGGAUAUUCGUCAAGGCAUGGCCUCGUAAAGCACCUAGCUCGCGAGCAUGAGGCUUCCCCUGAGUCUUUGGUGCCCGAAGAAUACGUUAGGGGUCGCAAGUGCGAUCACUGCGGAAAGCGGCUACUGCGGCUGGAUGAUUUCAACAUCCAUCACCAGGUUCUACACCAAUCCUAGAUCCAUACAUACGACCAAAAGACAGCAAGUUGAGCACCAUGGUUAAAACAAGAGAGGUUUAGUGUUGGAUUUCUAUUUUUCUGGAUACGUUAAAUGUCAUUUGUCCCCUUAUGGAUCGAUUCGGUUCUCUGGCUUAGGGAACUGGUUUACUCUCCCU